AUGCCACGUGCCCGAAUCGAAGGUCUACUUGCAUCUUUUCCAAAGUUAACUAGCGCUGGACAGCAACAUACUACUAUUGAGACUGAACAUGUUCGAUAUGUUUAUCAGCCGCUUGACGAGCUUUAUAUGGUUCUUAUUACAAAUAGACAGUCUAAUAUUUUGCAAGAUAUUGACACUUUGCAUCUAUUUGCUCGUGUGGUUUCGGAUGUAUGUCAUUCAACUGACGAAAGAGAAAUUUUAAGAAAUAGCUUCGAAUUGCUGAGUGCCUUCGAUGAAAUUGUGUCUUUAGGGUAUCGAGAAAAUGUUAAUCUCGCUCAGGUCAAAAGCAUUACGGAAAUGGAAAGUCAUGAAGAAAAGAUCCAAGAAAUAAUAGCGAGGAAUAAAGAGCAAGAAGCUAAAGAAGAACUAAAAAGAAGAGCUAAGCAAUUGGAAAUGCAAAAGAAAGAAAUGCUCAAAAGAGGAGGUGGCAGUUCAUUUGGAAGCAGUUUUGGACAAUCUAUCAAUAGACCAUCUUCUUAUGCUGAACCACAGGUGCAAACAUCCUUUGAAGAGGGUAUACGUUCUACGUAUAGUAGUUCUCCGACACCAUCUCCUUCUAAAGCUAAGGGAAUGCAAUUAGGCCGAAAACAAAAGGGUGCUGAUUUGUUUGAGGCUGUUAAGAAUGAAGUUGGAUUUGAUGAUGUAUCUGAAAAGGCUAGUGUCAGAGGCACAUCUAUUCCAAAGGUUCCCGUUGAAAGUGUUCACUUAUCAGUCACUGAAAAGAUAUCUCUUCAGGCUAACAGAGAUGGUGGUCUUGAGAAUUUAGAGGUAAAAGGAGAUUUAGAACUCACCAUUUCUGAUCCAAACAUGACACGAAUCAAGAUUUCUGUUCGUGCAGUUGACGAUGGAAAUCUGCAACUGAAGACACAUCCGAAUGUUGACAAGAAAUUAUUUUCUACCGAUAGCAUUAUUGCUUUGAAAAACCCUGGUAAAGGAUUUCCUGUUAAUCAGCCUUUGGGUGUCCUUAGAUGGCGAUUCAUUACAAAAGAUGAAACAUCAAUUCCAUUAUCAAUAAAUUGUUGGCCCACCCCCGCUGGAGAUGGAACGAUCGAUGUUAAUAUCGAAUAUGAAUUAGAAAACGAGAACCAAGAAUUUAAAGAUGUAGUGAUUUCCAUUCCAUUGCCUUCUGUAGGAAAUCCUGUUGUUGGUGAUGUUGACGGUCAUUAUGAAGUAAAUAGGCAAGCUAGAACUCUAGAGUGGCAAUUGCCUAUUAUCGACGCAUCUAACAAACAAGGGUCGCUUGAGUUUAAUAUUACGGGCGAGGACGUUAACGUGUUUUUCCCUGUUGGAGUUUCAUUCAUAAGUGAGAAAUUGAUUUGUGAUAUAGAUGUGUUGGACGUAAUCCAUGCUGAAUCAGGAGCUUCCAUGACUUUCUCUAAAGAAAUGAUUCUGUCGGCUGAAGAAUAUCAUGUU